UGAGGAACAGAGAAAGAGUAAAAUUUAUUUGGGACCCGAAAGAUAAGGAAUCUUAGUAUCAUCGGCAAAACAUCGGCUUUUCUACAUGAUAGCAGGGUCUGUGCACAGGCCACCAAUUAGAGCCGAAGUUCGACACACAAAUCUACUAGUAAAUUUCUGAAGAAAUUAAUCCCAUUCAAAACUUCACGAAUUCAACAACUUUCCGACCUUUCGAUCAUUUCGACACAACUUCGACAACCACCACAAGUCGACACAUACAACCGUCAAAAUGGGUCGUCUUCACUCUAAUGGAAAGGGAAUUUCGGACUCCGCGCUUCCCUACUCGCGCGUUGCCCCCGCCUGGCUCAAGACCACUCCCGCUCAGGUCGAGGAGCAAAUCUGCAGACUCGCCCGAAAGGGUGCUACUCCCUCUCAGAUCGGUGUCGUUCUCCGUGACUCCCACGGAAUCGCCCAAGUCCGCAUCGUCACUGGUAACAAGAUCCUGCGAAUCCUGAAGUCAAAUGGCCUCGCUCCCGAGCUUCCUGAGGAUCUAUACAUGUUGAUCAAGAAGGCCGUCUCCGUCCGAAAGCACUUGGAGCGCAACCGCAAGGACAAGGACGCCAAGUUCCGCCUCAUUCUGAUCGAGUCGCGUAUCCACCGUCUCGCUCGCUACUACAAGACCGUCGGCGUCCUCCCCCCGACCUGGAAGUACGAGAGCGCCACCGCCAGCACCAUUGUCGCAUAAGCAUAAACCCUUGGAGGAUGUUUUGCAUGGAAUACCAGGUCUGGUCAUGGAGUUUGUGGAAACGGGAUUGCUUCUUUGGGCAGCCACAAAAGUGACGGAUGCUCGAUUCUUAUACCUAGUCGCAUCCGUGAGAUAGGCGAACAAUGAGCACUCACAUCAGUUGAUAUGAUUACGAAUUAAAAUUUGGGUCUUCGUGAAGAAUAGUAUUG